AUGACUACACCACGCACCAAGCUCGUUGGUCUUAUCGAAUCUUCCAAAGUUCUAGAUGAACUCCAUAAAUUCCAAGUGAGCGUAUUAGUUCCACAACCAAAAGACAAACCAUUCCAACCACUAGUCUAUGCACGCACCACCGACACAAUUGCCUUGGCGCUUGCACAAUUCCGUAAUCAUAAUGUUGUCAGUUUGCCAAUUUUCGAUACGACCAAAGGAAAAUUCGUGGCGAUUAUCAAUGUGAUGGAUGUGAUGCGUUAUAUGUUGUUACGUAAUUUCUACCAAAUUGAUCCAAUGUACAAGGAAGAGUUGGCCAAGCUCUAUGAGAGUAAAAUAGAGGAUGUGAUUGGUGCCGUUGCGUCUAACAGACCGUUUCGAGUUUAUCACGUGACCGAUCCUUUAUUGGUCGCACUUCGUGGAAUGGGAGCUGGUGGUGAAAAUUUCUAUGGGAAUUUGGUCUCCUUUGCAGAUCAAGAACGAGUGGAGUCGGAUGUUCAACAAGCAUUAAUUGCCACUCAAUGGGAUGCUAUCAAUCUCCUCUUAAAUAAUGAUGUUGUGCGAUGUCAUGGAAAUUUGGAUACAUUACCAGCGAAACAAGUCAUGCAACGUGCUUGGAUCACCUUCACAAAGAAAGAUGAUCCUAAUCAACCAGUUCAUCGUUUACCAAAUGCUUCUGGAAGAUCCACUUAUGUCGUGUCUGUAGUGAAAGAUGUUAGUGCUUUUAAUGCAUUUAGAACCAUGUCUGUUCAUCAUGUAUCUUCGGUUGCGGUCGUGGAUAAAAGUGAUUAUACUAUAAAAUUGGUUGACAAUCUUUCUGCAUCCGACAUUCGUUUCAUUACCGCUGAUAAUUUGGCAGAUGGGUUCCUGGAAGUGACCGAAUUCCUUAAAAAAGUUCGAGGACAUUCAAGAAAACCAGUUUCAUGCGACGAAAAUACGCCUCUCGCUCAGAUCAUGAAAAUGGCCUUGGACAAUAACAUUCAUCGUGUAUGGGUCACUGAAGAUAACACUGACAAACCUAUCGGGCUUGUUUCUAUGUCUGACAUGCUCGAGAUGAUUAUUGGUGUUAGUACUUAA